UUUACGACCAGAGUCAAUCCGAAAAUAAAACUUACAAUAGACGCCGAUCGUAGUGAACCGAUCGAAAAACAUUCCGCAUAAAGACGAGAAAUGAUAUUCUCAACAGGGUUGCUAGUUGCCUACAUGGCCGUCAGUAUUUCGGGUCAACUAUCAACCGAUAUUAGUUUUUUGGAAUCAGUCGCAGAUGUACUAAUCUCUGUUGUUGGUACGGUGAACUCGUUUAAUGGGCCCGCAUCCAUCUCUCACGCUCCAACAUCACCCGCAAGUAAUAAACGAGCAACGCAGGCAAAUGUGAGGUACUACAACAACUAUGCGCAAGCAUCAUACUGUUCAAAUCAAUUGAAAACGUUAGGUUGCCUGCCUUGUAUGGGCUUUAAAAAGGACAUUAACACUAACAAUGGAGUUGCGGUCUUCAAAAAUAUCCUAUUCAAUACGUUGGCAUUUGUAACGGUGUCAGACUCGCGAAAAGAAAUCGCUGUCACAUUUCGUGGCACUAUUGUGGAUCUUAGGAACUACCUACUGGAUGCAGCUUUCUUUAAUGUUGGCUUUGGCAACAUAAAAUUUCAUUUCGGCUUUUAUGUAGCGACAAUGUCCCUGUAUAACAAUGUAAUCCAAGCUAUCGGAUAUCAACUUCAACAACACCCAACUUACAAGUUGGUGAUCAUUGGUCACAGCCUUGGCGGAGCUAUGGCGAGAUUAACCGCGUUCUUCAUCAAAAUAAAUUACCAGUUUCCAGGUGCUACGAUCGAAUUGUACACCUACGGUGAACCAAGGGUUGGAAACAAAGCGUUCGCCGACUACUGCAACAGCUGGAAUAUUUUAUCAGCCAGAUGCGUUAACAAGAAUGACGUCGUUCCACAUGUUCCACCGACAAGUCUUCUGGGAACUGACCUCCUCUAUAAUUUCUAUGUUCAUCCACAACUGGAGGUCUGGAUCCAGAGUGACAGGAUUACCAAUUGCAAUGACAAAUUCUAUGAAGACCCAGCGUGUUCGGACAUCUCUGACCCAUCAUAUACAAUCGAUGAUCAUAUAAAUUACUUCAAUGUGACGAGCACUGUUUGUGGCGAAGUUGUGAUGCCAGCAUUUCUACCAAUGAUUCCUCCUGCACUGCCAACGAAAAUUGUGAACUUUGCAGGUGGUGCCAUCCGCUUUCAAUAAGGUUGAUUUUUUUAAUCACCCGUUCAAAAAUCGGAUGCCUUCACUGCAUGCCAUUCAUAGUUUUCCUUUGAGUUUGUUAAGCCACAAACUUACAUUAAAAU